AUGGCAGUCUGUGUGGCAUCCAGGAGAUUGACACUUUUGAAUGUAAUUCAGGGCCUCUAUCGCACGGAACUUGUUAGCCAACAUGCAGGACAAUCAGCAAUUAAUACUUUGACUGUUGUAUCUUCGAAUUGCUGGUCAUCGAAAAGGACCUUUUCCACAUCACAAGCUUAUUUAAACGGAGUGAAUGAAUUCAUUUCCGAUGUUACCACUCGCAACACUGCAGACGAGGACAUUAUCUCUGAAUUGACCUCGACCAAACCUGGAAGCUCGAGUGAGUCGAAAAAGAAUUCAAAGUCGACAUCGGAGAAAUCAAAAGAUAGAAAAAAUAAGCCGAAAGAGGCAAAGAAAAUCGGUAUCAAAAAGUCCACCUUACCGCCGCUCAACCCAGAGAAGAAACGGAGACGAGAACAAUGGCAAGUGCAAAAAGAAGCACUUCAGAACAAGUUUCAGGAAGGAUGGCACCCUCGCAAAAAGCUUCCACCAGAUUCCCUGGAUACAAUCCGUCAUCUGUAUGCUACGAAGCCCGAUGUUUGGACUACGCCGGUCCUUGCAGAACAAUUCAAGGUUUCUCCGGAAGCUAUUCGACGAAUCCUGAAAAGUAAAUGGCAACCGUCGGAAGAAGAGAGGCAGAGACGUGAAGAACGAUGGGCAGAACGCUACAGGAAAAUCUAUAGCCAUAUGGAGGAGCUAGGGUUACGAAAACCAAAAGGGGAAUGGACUGCAAAGGUCUCUGACGCCCGUAGGCUUGGGUUGGAAGAAAAGCCUUUACGGCAGACAGUACGGAAACAGCCCCGAUCAGACGAAAAGCAAGUGAAUAUUUCGAGGCCAGACCGUGAGCCUGCACCAAAAGGAUCGACGUCGGUGGAAUAACUAUGACCUACGACGGAUACAGCAGAGUCAUUCAAACGACGCAUUAGCAUGUCCGACCAGUGUGAAGUACAGAUGGAGACCCUGACUCGAGCAGUAUGAAUCG